ACCCUUAUAUCUACCUCGGCGAGAAUAAUUCAAAGUCGAGAGUAUUCCUCAACAUCGGAAGAGCCUCCUUUUUGUGGAGCGGAUGUUCAGAUCCUGAGAUCCAGGGUCCUCGUAUCCAAAGUACACCUUUAGAGGAGGGUUCACCACGUGUCGCGCACGUUGCUGAGUCCUCGGCAACGUCGGUGGAUGUUUUCCGGUCUUGACGGUCCCGAGGAACCCCGAACUCGCUCCAGGAUCGAGGGGUCCUGGGCAAAGGACGAGAGGAGCGUCUCGGCGAUGAUCGCCUAGCGGUCGAGGAGCAGUUCAGUGUCGGUGCUCCGAAGGAAGAGGUCUAGGAGCGGACCCAGGAAGAACCGGCCGACAUGGGGAGGAGACUCGCGGAGGUCCUGCCCGUCCUGGUCAGGACAGCUGUCCUGGCAGCUGUUUUCGGCCAGCUUUUGGGCUUGACCUUGGCGAACAGGCCGGCUGGUGCUCAUCCUGGACACGCGUACUUCGAGCAACCCUGCUGCGGAAGGUCCCACCUCAGGCAUCACAAAGAACAUGUUCGGGAGUUCAACUGCGGGAUGCUGUACUACAGGACACUCUACCUGGACAGCAAGAGGGAUGCACUAUACGUGGGAGCCAUGGACAAGGUGUUCAGGCUAAAUCUCAGCAACAUCAGCCACUCCAACUGCGAGAGGGAUGCUCUUCAUUUGGAGCCGAACAACGUGGCGAAUUGCGUGUCCAAGGGCAAGUCGGAGCUCUUCGACUGCCGCAAUCACAUCCGCGUGAUCCAGCCGAUGGGCGACGGAAACCGGCUCUACAUAUGCGGAACGAACGCUCAUUCCCCGAAGGAUUGGGUGAUCUACAGCAACCUGACCCACCUGCCUAGGCACGAAUUCGUCCCUGGUGUAGGAAUGGGCAUCGCAAAGUGUCCCUAUGACCCAUUGGACAAUUCCACAGCCGUUUGGGUGGAAAAGGGAAAUCCUGGUGACCUGCCAGCCUUGUAUUCCGGGACAAACGCUGAAUUCACCAAGGCCGAUACAGUGAUCUUCCGUACCGACCUUUACAACCUCACCGCAAAAGAAAUGGUCUUCAGCUACAAGAGGACCCUGAAGUACGACUCCAAGUGGCUGGACAAGCCGAACUUCGUGGGGUCCUUCGACAUCGGGAGCUACGUUUUCUUCUUCUUCCGCGAGACCGCGGUCGAGUACAUCAAUUGCGGAAAGAGCGUGUACUCGCGGGUUGCGCGGGUCUGCAAGCGGGACACCGGCGGCAAGAACAUCCUCUCCCAAAACUGGGCGACCUACCUCAAGGCUAGACUCAACUGCUCGAUUCCUGGCGAGUUUCCCUUCUACUUCAACGAAAUACAGAGCAUCUACAAGGUGCCGGGCGACGACACCCACUUCUACGGGACCUUCACGACCUCGACGAACGGGUUGAUGGGUUCGGCGAUCUGCUCGUUCCACAUCGACGCGAUCCAAGAGGCCUUCCGGGGGAAGUUCAAGGAGCAGGCGACGAGCAGCAGCGCCUGGCUUCCGGUGCUCUCGAACAAGGUGCCCGAGCCUCGACCUGGACAAUGCGUUAACGACACCGAGACCCUGCCGGACACCGUCCUCAACUUCAUCAGGUCCCACCCGCUGAUGGACUCGGCGAUCUCCCACGAGAACGAGAAGCCGGUCUUCUACAAACGGGACGUAAUGCUCACCAAGCUGGUGGUCGACAAGCUCAGGAUUGACUUCGUGGGCAUGGACCUCGACUACACGGUCUACUACGCGGGCUCCAGUGAUGGUAGGAUCCACAAGGUGGUCCAGUGGCUGGACAACAACGGUGAGUCCCAGUCGAUCCUGCUGGACGUCUUCGAUGUCACUCCUGGGGAACCCAUCCAGGCGAUGGAGAUCUCCAAGGAGCACAAGGCACUUUACGUCGCCUCGGAUCAUCGGAUCAAGCAGAUCGAUCUGGUGAUGUGCUCGAAGCGAUACGACAACUGUCUUCGUUGCGUCCAUGAUCCUUACUGCGGGUGGGACAAGGACACGAAUACGUGCAAACCUUACGCACCUGGACUUCUCCAAGACGUGUCGAACAGCACGGCAGACGUCUGCGACAGCAGCGUCGGCAAGCGUAAAUUGGUGGUGACCUGGGGCCAGUCGGUGCACCUGGGUUGCUUCGUGAAAAUGCCAGAAGUCCUGGCUAACCAGGAGGUGCGGUGGUACCACUACAGCAAGGAGAAAGGCCGCUACCAGAUAGUGUACAAGUACGGGGCCGGCAGCGAUAAGUUCAUCGAGACCUCGGAAAAGGGCCUGGUGAUCGUCGGGGUGAACGAGCAGGACGCCGGCAGGUACGACUGCUGGCUAGGAGGUGCUCUCCUCUGCUCGUACAACAUCACCGUGGACGCGCAUCGCUGCUCAGCUCCGGCCAAGUCCAACGACUACCAGAAGAUCUACUCGGACUGGUGUCACGAGUUCGAGAAGUACAAGUCAGCCAUGAAGAGCUGGGAACGGAAGCAAGCGCAAUGCGCAUCCCGGCAGAACGACAGCAAUCAGAACGUGCACACGAACGAGGUGUACGGCACACCCUUGGUGUGAUGGAGCCGGAAGCUGGACC